AUGGCUAGCGACAAGUCAGAUGCCCACAAGCAGGAUGCUCAAAUCAAGUCGGCCGACAUGAGCGAGGAAAUGCAACAAGAGGCCAUUGAAGUCGCACAGUCGGCUAUGGAGCAGUUCACCAUCGAGAAGGACAUCGCUCAGUAUAUCAAGAAGGAGUUCGACAGCCGGAAGGGCGCUACAUGGCACUGCAUCGUAGGCCGAAACUUUGGAAGUUUUGUUACUCAUGAGACGAAGCACUUCAUCUACUUUUACCUCGGCCACUGUGCGAUCUUACUUUUCAAGACUCAGUAG